AAAAAGAUGAGACUAGAAUGCAGCAGCAUCAAUUUAUCUCGUCCUAGAGGAACUAUGGCUAAUCCUGAAGCAAAUGCUUCAUUACAGGGCGUCAGAGGGCACCCCGGAAAGAUAAAAAGGUAAAGUUGUCUAAGAAGUAAGAACUACAGGAACUAGGGACAAUUGGAAGCAAAGAAGAUUCCAUGAGACGGAUGGGCUGCACGCAAAGUAUUUCCGCAGCGUAUACCCGGUGGCACUCCUGAUCUCAGAAAAGGAACAUGCAGGGAAGCUCGCAAUGUAGAUUUUGUCACCGUAAUAAGACAAUUAGACAUCUGUUUUUCGAAUAACAACAUGCUCGCGCAACAUGAUUGAUCAUACAGGUUGCGACAAAUCAAUACCAGACACGAUAUGUUUGGCACCUAGUUGUGGGGUUUAGAUAAUACUCUGUCUCACUUAUUCUGGUCGGGCAGCUGUGUUGUGUAGAAAUGAUACUGCUAUUGCAAAGCACACUAGUUACAUAUACUUGGUGUCUUUUUUUUUGGAAAAUAUACUUGCUGUCCUGGUCUAUGCUUCAGUGACAAGCGGACAAAGAGGUUAUCAAUCGUGUGCUCCGGUAGAGUUGGUGGUGUUGAUUUUCAUUUUCUCUUUAGAUUUUUCUGAUACUUGGGUGAUAGAUGUUUUUCUGAGACUGCGGGCAACCCUUUAUGCAGAUGUUGCCCGCUGCCGUGUGUUGGUCUUGUACGGACUUAGGAACAGUCCUGCAUGUGACGUUAAGAAUCAAACAUAAAAGCUCUCUUUAAGAAAGAAGAAAAUGAACCGAGCUGCUGGCUAAGGCUAACAAACUAGUACUCGAAAAUCCAAAGUUUCUGUUCCCGCCCGGACGCCGGUGUCACAAUCAGAUUCAGAUGAUGGAGCAGAAGUUUUCUGUCCGGAACGCGACCGACGCGGCGACGGCGUGGGCGGCCACCCCGGUGGGCAUCCUUGUCCGCGUGGAGGUGCUGGUCACGGUGAGCUGCACCCUGCUGGCCACGCUGGUCUUCUUCGGCUCCGGCCGCCGCACAAGCCGCAGCGCCGCCUUCCGGUUCCUGGUGUGGCUGGUGCUGAUGCUGUGCUACCCGGCGGUGUCAUACACCAUCGGGCUCAUCCAGUCGGGGUCUUUCCGCAACGACCUGGUGGUGGUGUGGGCCUGCUUCCUGCUGGGCUGCGCCGACGGCAUCUUCGCGUGCAGCGUGGACGACUCCGACCAGCAGUCCCGCACCGUGCUCAACCAGGCCACGCAGGUCAUCUACGUGCUCCUCCUCUUGCUCUCCUACAUCGGCUCCCUGCCGCUGCAGCUCAAGGUCCUGCUCCUGCUGCUCUGGGUGCUUAACCUCGCCAAGCUGGGGAUGCGCCUCUGGAGCCUCCUGACAGCCGGCCGUGAUCGCGUCCUCACCGCCGACAACUGGCUCAUCUCCAACUACAUGGCCCACGACUAUGUCAGAAGCGUCAGCGACUUCGACCCGGAGACCAUGAGGGGAUACCGCUACGUGGUCGCCGGCCACAAGGACGUGGAGGAAGGCUGCGCGGAGUACAAGCUGGAGCUCACGGACGACCUAGUCACGGUGGAGAGGCUAUGGCAGCACGACGGGUAUGCUGGGAGCCUGCUGACACAGAAGAACAAGCCUUCCUCCUCCUCAAGCAAGCUCAAGGACCUGUGCCUGUCAUUUGCUCUGUUCAAGCUGCUCAGGCGACGCCUCGGCGGGAGCAACAGCCCGAUGAUCCACGAGCGUGACGAUAUCAGGACGCUCGUCUUCGCCCGAAACGGCCUCGCUGGCGGUGACGACCACGAAAGGAUGUUCCGGGUGAUCGAGACGGAGUUGGGCUUCCUCUUCGACUUCUUCUACGCACGUUACCCAUCGCCAAAGCAGUCCCUGAUCCCAGAGACCGCCAUAUUCGUGGCCUCCAUGGCGCUCAGCCUCUCCACGCUCUUCUGCCCAGCAAUGCUGCGCUACCAUAACCCCAAGCCAGGCAGCAGCGGCGGCGGCAUGAGCUUUGUCACCACAAGCAUCGACAUCUGGCUGGCUAGAUUCGUCAUCGCCUUGUUCCUCAUCCUGGAGCUCUACCAGUACAUGUCGCUGGUGUUGUCGGACUGGCACAAGGUGAAGAUGCUAUGCAGGUACGUGCGCAAGCCUUCGUGGCAGGGACACCCUCUAAUGGAGAGGCUCCUGUGGCUCAUGUGCCGGGCAACGCUGACCACCAGGUAUUGGAGUCACUCAGUGGGGCAGUACUCCCUCCUCCAUGCAUGCCUUAAGAGUAACCGCUCCUGCAUCCUGGCACGCAUGCCGCUGCACAAAUGGAUCAAGGGUGUCCUGACAGGGAUGAAGACGGUGUCUCGCCGGAGCCUGCCUGUCACAGUGAAGCGAGCCAUCCACCGGCUGCUCCGGUCAGAGUGGCUGUCCAAUCUCAAGUACGGAGACCGGACGCUGCAGAGGAACAACAUGCUGCAGAACUUCGAUUGGUCUACCUCCAGGUACCCAUAUGGUGCAGUGGGCAGCAUCCUUGUCUGGCACAUCGCCACCGCCAUUUGCGGCGCCAAGCAGCUGGAAGCUGCCGCUGAUCAUCGCCCGUCUACUGACAGCAGCAGCACCGACAGCCACGAGGUGGCCACCACACUGUCCAACUACUGCACCUACCUGCUGUACCAGGCGCCGGAGCUGGUGACGGACAAGAUCUACGACGCGCGGUUACUUAUGGAAGCCCUGCAGAACAAAAUACAGAGAUUCCUUAAGCACAAAGGUUGCCGUUACAAGGACGAUAUGUUCGACCAGUUGUCCCGGUUCCAGUCCGGCGAACUAGAUGGUGGGUACGAAAAGACCAUCCUGGCCGACGGCAUAAAGCUCAGCUACCAAAUAUUUGACGAGAUGCCUGACGAGGCGAUGCGGUGGAAUGUGCUAUCCGAGAUGUGGGUGGAGCUGCUGCUGAGCGUUGCGCCCUCGGAUAACGUGACCGCUCAUAUCAAGAAGCUGGCCACCGGAGGUGAACUCGUCACCCAGCUUUGGGCUUUGUUGACGCACGGGGGAUUGAUUGACAAGCCAAAGAAACCAAACUACAGCUCAUGAAAGGUACACAAGUUGCAAGUGAAUGUUUGGUUGAACUUGGAGAAGAAAAACAACGUUAAUUUGGAAGUUUUCACAAAAACAACUGCCAAUACCUCCUAUCCUGCAUAACGUUUUCGGCGAGUUUAGUUAUUUAUAUACUCCUUCCGUCCCAUAUUAAGUGAUUUUCUAUUACAUGUAUCUAGACGCUUUUCAGGCAUAGAUACAAUCAUAUUUGGACAAAUUUGAGUCACUUAAUAUGGGACGGAGGGAGUAUGUUUGAGUGAGCAGAGAGUGUUCUUUUUCAUGCUUUUAUCCGUUUCAGGCCGUACGAGCAUUUUCUUUAUUUGUUCCAGUAUUGGAGUAUCUUGUGUGUAUUACAUCAGGCAAAGAUGCUUUGCUUCUUCUGUGUUGUAAUUUUUGUGAUACUUUGUUUGAAUCCUAAUGCUCCUUGGAGUGUCGUCUACAAUCUCAUCUAAGGACAGUUUAUGAGACC